AAGAGCCCAGUGGCAGGAAGACCCGUCUGUGGCUAAUGGCAGCAGCUCUAAGGAAGGAUGGGGUGUUUUUCAGGUGUUCCCCAACUUGCUAGGGACACACAGCCAGAAAUCCACCUCCCAAUGUCACCAAAGAGCAUCGAGAGACUGAUAGUCUCCACCCAUCUCUCCCUACAGGCUGUAGUACUUCUGUGUCCGUAAGCAGGGCACAAAGUCCUUUGGGAACCAUGAAGAAUAUUUUCUGCUACCAGACAUUUAGAUUAAUCCGGCUCACCAAGCCACCUGGCCGGCACCUUCACAAACAUCACCAGCUUUGGACACCUCUGACUCUCACUGACUUUGAAGCCAUCCAUCGCUGUGAGAGGUCGUUACCUAAAAACUUUAACUUUGCUGCAGAUGUGCUGGAACAGUGGUCCCAAAAGGAGAAGACAGGGGAGAGACCGGUGAACCCCGCCCUGUGGUGGGUGAACGACAAAGGGGAUGAGGUGAAAUGGAGCUUCAGAGAACUGAGUUCCUUGUCCCGAAAAGCUGCCAACGUGCUCACCAAGCCCUGUGGCCUGCAGAGAGGAGACCGUGUGGCCUUGAUUCUGCCCCGAGUCCCUGAGUGGUGGCUGUUAAAUGUGGCUUGCAUACGGACAGGGAUCGUCUUUAUGCCAGGAACAAUCCAGCUGACAGCCAAAGAUAUCCUCUACCGGCUGCGAGUAUCCAGGGCCAAGUGCAUUGUGGCCAGCGACGAGGUGGCCCCAGCUGUGGAGUCCAUCGCAUUGGAGUGUCCUGACCUUAAGACAAAACUCCUGGUGUCUUCACAAACCCGGAAUGGGUGGCUCAGCUUCCAGGAGUUAUUUCAACUCGCCUCUGAAGAACACAGCUGUGUGGAAACAGGAAGUGAAGAACCAAUGGCCAUUUAUUUCACCAGCGGGACCACAGGCUCUCCUAAAAUGGCCCAGCACUCUCAGAGCAGCCUCAGCAUUGGGUCCACCCUCUGUGGAAGGUAUUGGCUGGAUUUGAAGUCCUCAGAUAUCAUAUGGAAUGUGUCUGACACAGGUUGGAUCAAGGCCGCCAUUGGCAGUGUGUUUUCUUCCUGGCUUUAUGGAGCCUGUGUUUUUGUGCACCAGAUGGUACAGUUUGACACUGACACCUUCUUAGAUACACUCACCACUUACCCCAUCACGACCCUGUGCAGUCCUCCGACCGCGUACCGGAUGCUUGUGCAAAAAGACCUUAAGAGAUACAAAUUCAAGAGCCUGCGGCGCUGCAUGACGGGAGGGGAGCCACUCAACCCCGAGGUGCUGGAGCAGUGGAGGGCGCAAACUGGACUGGAGCUGUAUGAAGGCUACGGACAGACAGAAGUGGGAGUCAUUUGUGCCAAUCAGAAAGGCCAAGAAAUUAAACCAGGUUCAAUGGGGAAAAGAAUGCUGCCCUAUGAUGUCCAGAUUAUAGAUGAAAAUGGCAAUGUUCUACCACCCGGCAAAGAAGGGGAAAUUGCCCUCAGACUAAAGUCUACACGGCCCUUCUGUUUCUUCUCUGAAUAUGUGGACAAUCCAGAGAAAACCGCUGCCACAGUAAGAGGAGAGUUUUACGUCACUGGUGACAGAGGAGUGAUGGACAGCGAUGGGUAUUUCUGGUUUGUUGGCAGAGCCGAUGAUGUCAUUAUAUCCUCUGGGUACCGUAUUGGGCCGUUUGAAGUGGAGAGCGCACUCAUUGAGCACCCAGCUGUUGCCGAAUCAGCUGUUGUCAGCAGUCCGGAUCGAAUCCGAGGAGAGGUGGUGAAAGCUUUUGUUGUCUUAGCUGCACCCUUUAAGUCCUCCAACCCAGAAAAAUUAACUCUUGAGCUUCAGGAUCAUGUGAAAAAAUUAACUGCACCUUACAAAUAUCCAAGAAAGGUGGAAUUUGUUCAGGAACUCCCAAAGACAGUCACUGGGAAAAUCAAACGCCACGUUUUAAGAGACCAAGAAUGGGGACGAACAUAAUUUGAUAUGAAAACUAAAGGGUUACCUAGUAAUAUCGUUACUCUCUCUUAGUAAUUGCUCCUGAUAAUUUAGUGACUACUGUCUUAAAAUGUUUAAGAUCUUUCCUGAUAGAAAACUCAACUGUUGAGUUUUUGUUUUUUACUUAGCUAAAAAAUUUAAAAGUAAAAAAGUAAAAAAUCAAAGCCUAAAAAUAUAUGGCUAAAAAUUGUUUUAAUGACCAAAGUGACAAAGGUAAUGAUGAUGAUUUGUAAUGUUUAAAAUCUAAGGAAUCAAAUGAUUGCUUAGAAGAAGAAAAUGCACAAUGAAUCUGUAUUUCAUUCACCUUGUGCCUAAUUGAUUCAAAAUAAAGACAUAUCCUAA